UAGUAAGUCUCCCAAAGGCACUGGCAACUGGACCAUUGACAUACACCAUUGGGUAGGAGUGCUGGAUGGAGGCCGAGUAUGGCCGGUAUUUCCUUAAAAACUUUCACUUGGCGCCUUUGGCAAGGACAAUUGCCCCGCUGCAGACACGUGCUGCACCUCAAGUCCCCGAGACGCAGGCAUGGCCGGAUGCAGGGCACAGAGCCGUUGCGUCCACACAGGUUGCCCCACCUGCUCCACAAUUGGGCAGGCCGCCUGCGUUGCGGUUGGCUCCGCCUCCGGCACCUGCCCCGCUUUGCGCCCUGGGAUCGGAGUCACAGGUCGUUGUCAUAGAGACCCUGCGGGAAGCUGUGGUGUUGCCAGAGGCAGCUGCAGAGCCCGAGGAGUACCUCGGCAAUGGUGCUAUGCUCUCUGACGACGAAGAGAUGCUGCUGGGUGACGGCACUUCUGCACCUGCACCUGCCAUCAACAGGAAGCUGAAGAGCGAUGAUGUGGACAGCGACUCAGAGACGGAGAAAGCGGGCGAACCGAGCCCCGAAGAAGCUGCACCAAGUCCACAGACUCCGCCUCCGUCCACCUCGGCCGCGGAAAUGUCACCAUCGCCUUCGCCGCCAGGUGGCGAGGCUCCGUUGCCGCUGAUGCCCACCCCGCUGCCUCACGUGCCAGAGGCCUCAUGCCGCCAGUGCAAUCAGCAGCCGUGUGCCUGCAAUCGUUCCCAGCCAGCCGCGAGCCAGCCUCAGGCAGCUUCCCUCUCGGUGAAGGCGGAACAGCUGCCCAGGCCGGAAGAGCUGCCCGAGAUGGAUCGACAGGUCGAAGAGCGGCUGGACAGGUUCUUUCAGGAGGAGUCGGUGUGGUCUUACAUAGAAGAAGAGGUUCUUGGCACGCUGCGCACGAGGGACUCUGCAAAAGCUGUCCUGGGUGUGCAGUAUUUCCGAAUCCAGGUUCCCUCCCCGUAUCCCGGGGUGCAGUACCGGAAGUCACGGAAAUUGGAAGACAGAUACAAGAGAUACGCGAAGCAGGGCCAAACAGUCGAGGGCAUUGUAGAAGAGGAUGGGGAAUGGCUGCGCAUCAACGACAAAGUCUUCCUGCCCAUGAAGGUUGGGUUCGUUGACAUUUUGCAGCCAAUCAGCAAGGAGGAGCGGGAGGCCGCGGUGGAGGAGCAGCUGCGCCUCCGGAAGACGGGGGAGCAGAGCCCUGAAUCGCCCAGCGAGCUGCCCAACGAGGAAGGCCCGCCGCCAGACCCGGAGGGCUCCUUCAGGUUGAGCAUGAAGGGCCUGCCUGAAUCCAUCAGCAAAGCUCCCCUCCAGGACCCACAGGCCUUGCACGAGUUUUACACGCAAAAUCCCAUCAAUGCUCUUGGCGACACGCCUCGAUUGCCCAAGCAGCCCUGGGGGCAGGAGACGGAGGGUGGAGACUUGAGCUUGGGCGGUAUCGUAGCAAGACUGGAUGAGCACAGCUGCGAUAACUGAUGGGCUGAUGGCCAUUUCACGCUGUAUUGAAGCCAAGGUGCUCUCUACUUGAGGCAUAGCUUUGACUUGGCUCCCCAAAGGAUGGGCGCCAGAGCCUGAUGGCCUGAGGGUCCAUUCGCCCACAGCUUGCCCUGCCCAGGCUCAGCAAAUGACCUGGCUUCGGUCCGGGCAUGUUCAGAUGCGCAGAAACAAAGGCAACCGCCGGCC